UGAGUCGACCGCACUCACUGUUGACAUGGCACACAGAUAAGACAUUGAUUGGAAUUUCAGGUGAACCAGUUACAGGUAUUUUCGGUUAAACGGGUAAAAUAAAUAUACAAAUAAUACAAAAUAACCGCGAUGAAAACACACUACUUCCUCAUAAACGUUAUAGUUGUUUUUCUAAGCAUUACGAUGGUUCGUUUGUCUUUCUCUAAAUUCACGAGGCCAGCAAUUGCACAUUACUUUGGGACUAAAGGCAGAUACGAGGAAGUAAACCCACAUCUCUUAAAUGACAUUUUGAUUGUAAACACCUCGCUGAUUGCUCCGCCGUCUCCAAACUGCAAUGCUGUUCAUAUGGUGUCUGUGAUAAGGCACGGGACGCGUUAUCCGACGACCAAAAAUGUGAAAAAGCUCGCGAGUCUCUUUGAUCUGGUCUUAUCUGAUGCGUCUGGCGACGCGCCGUGGCUCAAUGACAUCAAAAACAAAUGGAAGAUGUGGUACACUGAAGACAUGGACGGCAGACUGGUCGAGAAGGGUCGGGAUGACCAUAGGCAUUUGGCAAUGCGAUUGGCGCAGUCAUUCCCAACUUUGAUUUCUGAGGAUAAACUCAGUGCCAACCGCAUUGAUUUUAUCACCAGCUCAAAGCACAGGUGUAUUGACAGCAUCAAAGCUUUCCAAGAGGGUCUGCACAAACUAUGGGGAUUACAGGAUAUGGAUUACAAACAUUAUGUGGAUGACUCCCUUAUGAGAUUCUUUGAUCAUUGUGAGAGAUUUGUUAAUAGUGUUGAGAAUAACAAAACAGCUUUGAACGAGGUUCAUCGUUUUAAGUCUUCAGGAGAGAUGGAUACAGUACGGAGGAAAAUCGCCAAUCGGCUUCAAAUUCCAUAUGACAAAUUUACCCCAGAAAUGGCAGAGGCAUCUUACUUUUUGUGUGCCUAUGAGUUUGCCAUCAAGUCUGAGAUCUCUCCCUGGUGUAAUCUACUAGACAAGUCAGAUGCUCAAGUUCUGGAGUACAAAAGUGACUUGAAGCAGUACUGGAAGAGGGGAUAUGGACAUGACAUCAACUGUAAAUCCAGCUGCCCCUUAUUUCAUGAUAUUUUCAAGCGUCUAAAUAAGGCUGCUUAUGACUACAGAUAUGGGGAGGUUGUAAAAACUGCCACGAUUCAGGUUGGCCAUGGCGAGACCCUUCUUCCUCUUCUCUCUCUGAUGGGCUUCUUCAAGGAUGAAAAGUCUCUGACUGCAGAUAACUACUCCCAGCAGCACAACCGCAAGUUUCGCACCAGUCAGAUUGUGCCUUAUGCUGCAAACCUAAUCUUUGUUCUGUAUGAAUGCAGUGAUGGACUCAGAGUACAGUUGUUUCUUAAUGAGAAGCCCAUACCAUUUCCCAAUCUUAACCACUCGGCUCCAUUGUAUGAAACCGUCAAAAAACAUUACUCAAAGCUCCUUCAUGGUUGUGAUUUUAAAAAGGAAUGUGACUUGCCUCAGUCCAAACUCAGGAACACUGAAUUAUAAAUCAGGUUAAAAAGACAGAUUACAGGGAUCAAUCACUAUGUAUUUAAAAAAUUGUGAAAUAUGUGAUUUUUUUUGUAUUACAGGACUGUAUCUUAAAUAGUUAUUUUGUUUCUCUUCAAAAAUAUUUGAUGUUUUUAAUUGAAAGUCCAAUAUAUUGUUUCAUUCAUUUGACAUGCUACCAAAUUUCCCGUGCAUGUAUGUUUUGAAUAUUUGUGCUUUAAAAACAUUACUGUUUUUGUUCCUAUUCUAUAUAUUACUUUCUUUACCAAAGUGUUCAAAAAACGUGGUUUUAAGGUACCAAAUCCUUUAAUUACUUUGUGAUGGAAUUAAUUUAACAUUUUCAUUUA